AUGUUUAAAUCAUACGACGGACUAGAAUUAAAGAAAUCAGAAACUGAAGGAAGAUAUAUUAUAGCAACAAGAGAUAUAGAUGUUGGUGAAAAUUUAUUAAAAUGUAAAGCAUACUUUUCAAUGCCAUGUGAAAUCUAUAAAAAAAUAACAUGCGGAAAUUGCGUUAAAAUAAUUAAAAGACCACAACAAGAAAAGAAAAAAAAAGUUAAAGAAUAUAAAUGUAAUGUAUGCAACGAAAUUUGGUAUUGUAGCGAAUUUUGUAAAAAGGAAAGCCAACCAAUUCAUGCCCAUUACGAAUGCAAGUUUUUUAAAAAAAUUAAAGCUCCAAAAUUAUCCGAGUGGGAAAUCGAUCCAGAUACUUUUACAGAGGUUAGAAUGAUGGUCGGUGUAAUAUCACGUUUUUAUCAAGAAAGAGUUUUAAACAAAAAGUUCAAUUUAUCAAACUAUUUAAAGGAGCAACAAGAGAAAAGACUAUUAAAUCAAGAGGAGUUAUCUUCAGAGGAUACACUAGAUGAUAUAUUCGAUUUGGUAGAGAACACAAUUGAUGACGGUUCAAAUAAAGCCGCUAAAGAAUUAAUCGAUAUUAUUACGGACUAUAUUGCAAAUCUAUUUAAUCUGGUGAUUACUAGUAGUGACAAUCACGAUCUCCCAACACCAGAACUAAAAAAAGAAGCCGUCGAAAAGGUGAUCUCAGUCAUUAGAGAACUAAUUCAUAAAGUUAGAUGCAAUCAAUUUGGUAUUUGGACUAAAAACGAUAAAUGUAUAGCUGUUGCAAUAUCACCAUCUUCAAGUUUCUUUAAUCACUCAUGCAUACCAAACUGUAUUAAUAUUCGUGAUGGUAACAAGAUGACAUUCAAAGCACUAUACCCUGUCAAAAAAGGUGAACCAUUGGCUAUUUCAUAUUUAGAUUUAGAUUUACCAGUAGAAAGUAGAAAAGAGUAUUUAAAAUAUGGCUAUUAUUUUGAUUGUGGUUGUCCAAGAUGUGAUGAAAAAACAAAUCAAGAUGAAUGUAUGGAUAAUUGGAUCUCAAAAUUCUACUGUCAAAGAAAAAAAUGUGUUGGUUUAUAUUAUUCAAAAACAAAAGUUAAUAUAGAUCAAGUCAAUAAAAAUGAUAAAAUCACUCUAAAUUGUUCAGAUUGUAAUAAUGAAUUUAUUAUAAAUUCAACCUAUUUUAAUAAUUCACCAUUUCCAUUAACAAAAUAA